UCUACGGUAGUUGAUUCAGUCAGUCACUCACACCGUCUCCGGGGCUCUCGCGUCGUCUUUGUGAAGUGCAGAGAGCAAGAGAGAGCAGCGACGUAAACACGAGGUUUUGGAGGAACAAUACGCGGAUUCGCGACUGACUCCUGGCUCAAAAUCACCGCUUAAGGAAGGGGUCAGCGAGGGACCGUGCGUGAGGAAUACAUGAAGGGCCAGGUGGGGGAGGGGGCGGCGACCACGGCACCAGUACCACCAAGGUCAAAGUUCACACAGACUCGCUCUGUGAUUGAUGAGGAUUAAGACGCUGAUUUUGCCUAAUAGGGAACACAGGAGCGUCCUCAUCCACUCUGACUAAAGAGCUUUUAAUGGCGUCCCGGUAGAGACAUCAAGAUGAACACGUUACCAUCGAUGGACCGGCACAUCCAGCAGACCAAUGACAGGCUGCUGUGCAUCAAACAGCACUUACAGAACCCGGCCAACUUCCACUCGGCGGCCACAGAGCUGCUCGACUGGUGUGGAGAUCCCCGGGCCUUCCAGCGACCUUUCGAGCAAAGCCUCAUGGGAUGUCUCACGGUGGUGAGUCGUGUGGCUGCUCAGCAGGGCUUUGACUUGGACCUGGGCUACAGGUUGCUGGCUGUGUGUGCUGCCAACAGGGACAAAUUCACUCCCAAGUCUGCAGAAACCAGCACCUGCAGGAGAUGUCAGAGUGACUCAGCCCUGCUGUCGUCGUGGUGCGAGGAGCUGGGUCGUCUCCUCCUGCUGCGUCACCAGAAGAACCGGCAGAACGAACCGCAGGGAAAAGUCCCCAUGCAGCCCAGCAUGAACAGCAUGAAGCCUGGCCUCACACACAGUGAUGGAUCCUUUCCCUAUGACUCUGUCCCCUGGCAACAAAACACCAACCAGCCCCCUGGGUCAUUGUCUGUGGUUACAACAGUGUGGGGCGUGACCAAUACAUCACAGAGUCAGGUGCUAGGUAACCCAAUGGCAAACAGCAAUAACCCCAUGAAUCCUGGAGGUAACCCAAUGGGAUCAGGUAUGUCUGCCAGCGCAGCAGGGCUCAACUCGUCUCAGUUCAACGCUCAGCAGCAACAGUUUCCAAACAAAGGCGGCUCCAACCAGGGGUACAUGCAGCAGGGCAUGUACGGCAGGCCUGGCUACCCUGGAGGUCCUGGGGGAUACAGCGGGAGUUAUUCUGGAGGGCCAAACGCUCCUCCAGGAGGAAUGGGAAUGACCUCCCACACACGUCCUCCUGGUGACUUCACACAGCCAGCAGCCGCAGCAGCAGCCGCCGCCGUCGCUGCCGCAGCUGCUACUGCAACAGCCACAGCGACGGCCACCGUGGCAGCCCUGCAGGAAACGCAGAAUAAAGACAUGAACCAGUAUGGACAGAUGUGUUCGUCGUUCCAAAUGGGCCCCACUCAGGCCUACAACAGCCAGUUCAUGAACCAGCCAGGCCCUCGAGGGCCCCCUGGAGGGAUGAAUCCAGCCAGCAUGGGAUCAGCCAUGAACAACCCUAACAUGAGUGGACCUCCCAUGGGCAUGAACCAGGCUCGGACCCCAGGCAUGGGGCCUUUUGGAGCGCACGGCCAGAGGAUGCCCCAGCAAGGGUACCCAGGUGGACCUCGACCGGGAAUACCCUUGCAGGGGAUAAAGAGGUCAUAUCCCGGGGAGGGGAGUUACGGUGGCCAGCAGUACGGGCCAGCCAGUCAGUUCCCACCUCAGCAGGGCCAGUACCCCGCGUCAAAUGCCUCCAGGCCGCUGCCGUCUCCUAAUUACCCCGGCCAGAGGAUGCCAGGACAGCCGGGCCAAGGACAAUACCCACCCGGCAUGCCCAUGGGCCAGUACUACAAGCAAGAGCCAUUCAAUGGUCAGAGCACCAACUUCUCUGGAGGUGGAUACUCUUACGGCCAAGGCAACGGGCCCCCCAGGCCCGGGAAUUACCCCCACUCCCCGGUCCCCGGAAACCCCACCCCCCCUAUGACCCCAGGAAGUGGAAUUCCUCCAUACCUGUCGCCAAACCAGGACGUGAAGCCCCCGUUUCCACCUGACAUGAAACCAAAUAUGACAGCACUUCCGCCGCCCCCAACGAACCCCAAUGAGGAGCUGCGGCUGACUUUCCCAGUGAGGGAUGGGGUGGUACUAGAGCCGUUCCGCUUGGAGCACAACCUGGCUGUCAGUAACCACGUCUUCCACCUUCGACCCUCCGUCCACCAGACUCUCAUGUGGAGGUCCGACCUUGAGCUGCAGUUUAAGUGUUACCAUCACGAAGACAGGCAGAUGAACACCAACUGGCCCGCCUCCGUCCAGGUCAGCGUCAACGCCACGCCCCUCACCAUCGAGAGGGGAGACAACAAAACCUCCCACAAACCCCUGCACCUGAAGCACGUAUGCCAACCCGGGAGAAACACCAUCCAGAUUACAGUCACGGCGUGCUGCUGUUCCCACCUGUUUGUGCUGCAGCUGGUCCACCGGCCAUCUGUGCGCUCCGUCCUCCAGGGGCUCCUUAAGAAGAGACUCCUUCCUGCAGAACACUGCAUCACCAAGGUUAAGAGGAACUUCAGCAGCGUUGCCGCGUCCGCAGGCAACACCACUCUAAACGGGGAAGACGGCGUGGAGCAGACGGCCAUUAAAGUGUCGCUGAAAUGUCCCAUUACCUUCCGACGGAUCCAGCUACCUGCACGGGGGCACGACUGCAAACAUGUCCAGUGCUUUGAUCUAGAGUCCUACUUGCAGCUCAACUGUGAGAGGGGGACAUGGAGGUGUCCUGUGUGCAAUAAAACAGCGUUAUUAGAAGGUCUGGAGGUGGACCAGUACAUGUGGGGAAUCCUCAAUGCAAUCCAAAAUUCAGAGUUUGAGGAGGUCACUAUAGACCCGACGUGCAGCUGGCGACCGGUCCCCAUUAAGUCGGAGCUACACAUCAAAGAGGACCCUGACGGACCGAUUGCCAAGCGCUUUAAGACUAUGAGUCCCAGUCAGAUGACCAUGCCCAAUGUGAUGGAGAUGAUUGCCCAGCUGGGGCCCGGGCCUGGUCCAGGGCCAGGACCUGGACCUGGCCAAGGUCCCAGCCCUUACCCUCCCCACCCUGGUCAACAUGCAAGUGGCAACGGGGGAGAUUACCCAGGAGCAGGCAACAGUUACCACAGCCAGGGGAACUUUGACUUCCCUCAUGUGAACCCCUCUGGUGGGGGAGUUGGAGGAGGCGGUGGUGGAGGAGGUCCCCCUUUGAAUGACUUCAUCCAUGGCCCCCAGCUCUCCCACCCCCCAGAUGGACCUGGCGGACUCCUCUCGCAGGACAAGCCUCUAAGCCACGGCAUGAGCGAUGUGAUGUCCCAUUCCGAACAGUCCCAUAACUCCAUGCAGCAGAUCUUGCAUGUGUCUCCCCACCCCCGCAGCCAAUCGGGGCCGCCCUUACAUCACACUGGCCAGUCAGGGCAGCCCUUGCAUCACAGCGGCCAAUCAUCGCAGCCACCUCGCCAGUCGCAGUCUCAGCAGCAGCCGGGGCAGAACAAUCACCCCCACGGCGAUCUGAGCUUUAACCCCACCUCGGAACAGAUGGGUCAGGGCGCCCAGGACAUGCCCGAACCCUCGCUGGAUUUGCUUCCAGAACUGGCCAACCCAGACGAGUUACUGUCAUACCUGGACCCCCCCGACCUCCCCGCCAACAGCAACGACGACCUUCUCUCCCUGUUCGAGAACAACUAGCUCUUCACUCCCCCUUUCAAAAUGACACCCUCCUGCACCUAUAGGAGUCGGGAUUUUUUAUGACUGUCCGUCCACAGACACGUUACCGACCUCCUGUUCAAGCUGCUUCCUGUGAUCACUCAUACACACGCACACACACACACACACACACACACACACACACACAAUCCUUCAAAAGAUAGCGUGUGGCAUAGGAGUAGACUGAAAAAAAAAAAGAGGCACCUGUUUGGGAACUCCAAUGGGAGAGAGCAGGAUCGCCGGCUCACUCCUCUUUUUUUUCUUUUUUUUUUUCCUCAUGUAAAGAUUCCACGCACCAGUUCCACCGCCUGACUCGAACACAACUUUUACAGCCAUGUUGGCGGACACUAGAGUGAAAUUAUAUCAAUACAUAUACGAUAUUUGUGACUCUUCAACUGAAAACUGUGCAGCUAUAAUCAUCAUGUAUAAACAACAUGGAGGAGAGUGUUGUAGCUGUGUUUGUUUUUUUUUUCAUUAUACUUUUCCUUUUUGUUUUUUUUUGUGUGAAAAAAAUGUCUUGUUUAAGUGUUUUUUAUUUUUUUUCAAAUGUGUUCUUCCAAAACUUUGGCACAUGCCGAUGACCCCCAAGACUUGUCAGUGUGUGUGCGUGUGUGUGUGUGUGUGUGUGUGUGACAGCUGAAUAACUGGAACCUAUCAGAAUCAGAGCACUGAAAGGACGAGCUAAGAUGUCCUCCGGUGUCAACAGAGGAAAUGAGUGAACAUUGUGCAAUGUAGUGUGUGUGUGUGUGAGUGUGUCAGACUGUGUGUAUACCCAUGGGUGUGUAUGUUUAUGUUUAUGCGUCCUCUUUUGUUUGCCUGCAAGGGUGUGUGAAAGACAGACUAGCGAGAGUGAGCGAGUUUUGGAAGGAAUGAAAGAGAAAUCAGUCCACCUCAGAAGCUCUCCAGCUCCUCUCCUCCAGCCUCUCUGUGGUCGUCGUUUUCAUUUUGUUUGUAUUUAUUGUGAUGUUUUCGCUCUUCCUCAUUGAAUUCAGCACCGUUUUCGUUCACAAGUGCAUGUGUGCCAAUGGCUCCUAUUGUCUUUGUCCAGCCUAAACAUGCUUGAUCAAAUUUGUUCUCUCUGUCUUUAUAUUUAUUAUUUUAUUUCAAUUUCAUGAUUUUUUUUUGUUUGUUUUUUUGUAAUCAUUGUGUGUUUUUUGUCCUUUUUUAUGUGUUUUAUCUUUGUCCUACAUUGAAAUUAAUCAGACACCCAUCACCAAAGUUGUCCCAAGGCUUUUUUUGUAAAAGGUGUUGGGCCGCCUGGAUAUUAAAUCGGUUGUAAGGGCAGGAUUUGAACAUCCUACAGACGUCAGCAGAACUUUUUAAAUCACUGUAUUUUAUACAAACGUCUGUGUGAUUGUACUGAUCUUUCCUGUUGGCGUUUUGUUGCUGUUGACCUGCAUCUUUUUUGGGGGGCAAAAAACAUCGUGCAUGAUCCAACAGUGUUUCCAGAGCUGUUGUAUAUACCCUUUGUGAAUACUUUGUGACUGUACAGUACUGUACCUAUCUAUUUCUGGCAUCUACAUGGUACUGUAUGUCUGUCAAAGACCUCACACACAGAAUCCCCCAAUAACCAGUCCGAUAUUGUAACUCAUUGAUCUAAAUGCACUUUUCACUGGCCUUGUAUCGAGUACCUGUGUGCUGUGUAUAGUUUAUGACAAUGACAAUGCAUCAGUGAAAGGGAUUAUUUCAACCGCUCAGCAGGCACGUUUUCAGAGUUCUUUAUUUUUUGAUAAACUAAUUGGUCAGCUUUAAAUUAGCUGGGGGGUUUUUUCCACUGUCUAAAUGAUUGUCAAAGCAGCAUCGAGGUCCAAAUAUCCCCCAAAAAUGUUUUCGCCUAAAGUCAUUGGAACAGGUGACCUCGUCCUUUUUAUUUAAAGUGAGAAUGUGCAAAACAUCCUUUGAAUUGUGUUGAGCCCGGAUAAUGAGCUUUUGAUACUUUGCAAAACAAAUAUGUGAACAUUAUUUGAGUAUUUUUAUUUUGUAAAAAAAAAAAAAAAAAAAAGGCUUUUUAUAUGAUUUUAAACUAUUGUUCAUCCUGUGUUUUUACAACAGGUAUCAUUUGGUUUACACAGUUUCAUGCAGUACAGUCAGCAGAUUUUAAAUAUACUGUAAGAUGUCGGAUACAAUCCCCCCCCCCAGUACAGAUUUGUUAUUUGUUUGAAGAACCAAAUAUGGAUUUCAGAAUUGAUCAAUUCACCUGCGUGUAACACAGCUGGAGGAUCCGAUUGUUUUGUGUCUGUUGUUCAUGUGUUUGUUCAAGACAAUGCACUGCCGCAUUGGGAUGUUUUAUUCCCCUUCACAGUUCCAGUACGUAACUGUAAGCUUUCACAAAAUCACGUCUAGUCAUUUGCGCGACACAAAUUGUACUGUCUGAUUGCAGACUUUGGAAAUGGAGGAUUUAAAAGAGAAUGAAAUUAAUGUUGUAAAAUUAAAUUUUUUGGGGGGGAGGGGGGGAGAGACCUUCCUGUUUGCAAUGCAAGUGGGAGGUUGUGGCUGAGGGUCUGGGUUGGGGUGUGGAAUGCAAGGGGAUACGUGUAUAUAAUGUAAAUGACAAAUAGAGACACGUUAACAGAAAUGUAUUCAUUUUCUCCAGGAGGAGUGUGCAUAGUGUAUUUAGAAUUUGUAAAGCUUCCAUCCUCCUGUCAGACAUUGAAUUGGCAAAAAGAGUCUUUGUUCGAUUGCGUCUGUGCAGACCUCUCUAACCACGCCUGUUCAUUUAUGUAAGAUACUUUAUAUACCCCUCCACGUGGGGUAUCCGAGAAAAAAAGACAUUUUUUUUCCUUUGUGUAAUAUUAAACUUCUGUGUAUUUCUCUAUUACCUGUGUACUUUAUAAAGGUGCUACAAAAUGAUGGAAGCCUUUUGAGGUAUAAUUGGGACUUGGAGACGUGGAGCUUUGAGUGGCUCUGAAGAGUUGUUUCCAAAUUUACAGUUUGUAAAAAAGAGUUUUGUCAAAUUUACAAUUUUUAUGCGAUUUGGCAAAAAAGAGAAGAAAAAAAAAAAGCUAUAAAGG